CGCCGGCCCAGUGAGUGUGUCACGUGGUCUGCGCACGCGCAAUAUUAUUUGUAAUGUCGGUCAAUGCCCCGUACAUUAGAUAAAAAAAUACUCGAAUUGUUUACGUGGUUCGUUACGCAAAUGUCGUUCAGUGAUACAAUUAGAUUUGAUUAUUGUAACUGCUCCUUAAAGGACUGAUACUGCUUCGACGUGAAGAAUGGCUCUUAUCAUUGUGUACUCGUCUCGUUAGUUUUAUUAAUACAUUACACGAAAAACAUGAACCCCAGCGGUGGACCGUCGACCCUCAUAAAACAUCUAGAAUACUGGGAUCAUAGCGAAAUACGAACAGUAUUAUUCAAGAAACCCUUCCUUAACAGAAAUUUAUCAAAGAAAUUAAAUCGAAAACAAUUUUCCUCCGAAAAUUAUGAAACAUCAAAGAGACGCCUCACAUUAUAUACAAAGAACGGGGCACGGUGAAAACCUGUCUAGCGACUCUGGAAACCGAGGAAAGCUCUUCGACGAAAGUGGAAAAAGCUCACACAUACACACGAUGAGACGCGGGCCUGUGUGUGUAUAGCGGUGGGUGAGAGUGUGUGUUGCCGUGUAGCGAGACACGCACACGAAGGCGGCGUCGAAAACGAAAGUGUCCGAGCGGAGCCGACGGCGGCCGAGCCGAGCUCACCGAGUCAGUGGAACUCAGCGACGAAAGUGGGACAUCAGUCCGCGGUACGACGCGACACACGGCGGACGUGCGCAUAGAUCGCACAGAGCGCACAGGCCGCACACACCGCACAGGCCGUACAGGCACGCUCAGUGACAUAACCCGGAGCCGCCACCAUGGCGGCCGAGUGAAGCGAUCCUCCGACCAUGAUGGCUGUGGAGAGUCGACCGGCCAGCGCCGGCCCGGAGGCGCGCAGGGCUUCGGCCGCGGACCGCAGAGCGAUGAGCGCGGACUCGGAGCCCCGCACGCUGGCCGCACGAAAGGCCUAUCCUGACGAGGACGGAGAUGCUCCUCUGGACUUGACGGUGCACACACGUAAGGAGAUAGCCGUCAGAGACUUCGCCCGCCACCCGUUCGCGGACCCGGCGGAUUACGUGAGGGCCCAAGCCAUACUGAGGCAGUCGCGAGAGUUCCUGGCCCCGGGCCGAGACUCCGGCACCGACUCCGACGACUCCGCGGGCCGUCUCAGCCCCGAGGACCCCACCUCCGGAAGGCAUACAAGAAAUCCCUCAUGAA